AUGGAAGCACCUCCAGGUUUUUCAGGGGAUGUUAAAGAUGGGGUGGUUUGUCGGUUGAAAAAGUCUUUAUACGGGCUAAAACAGUCACCUCGGGCCUGGUUUGGAAAGUUCACCUUGGCCAUGAAAGAAUACGGGUAUUACCAAAGUAACGUUGAUCAUACCUUGUUCCUCAAAAGAAGAAACGGCCUCGUAACUUGCCUGGUCAUAUAUGUAGACGACAUGAUUAUCACCGAAAAUGAUGUGGAAGAGAUAGCACGGCUGGAAAAGAAUUUGUUUUCAAAUUUUGAAAUGAAAUACCUUGGGAAUCUCAAGUAUUUCCUCGGAAUAGAAGUUCUCAGGUCUAAACGGGGGAUUUUCAUCUGCCAAAAGAAGUAUGUCCUUGAUCUCCUGGCGGAAACUGGUUUAAUUGAUUGUAAACCAGUAGAUAUGCCAAUGGUGGUGAACCACAAUCUUUACAUGGAACUUAAUGGCGAGCUUGCAGACAAAGAGAGGUAUCAACGGCUCGUGGGCAAAUUAAUUUAUCUCUCCCACACUCGCCCUGAUAUAGCUUAUGCUGUUGGAGUGGUAAGUCAGUUUAUGCACCAACCGCAAGUUGCUCACAUGGAAGCUGCUCAAAGAAUUCUAAGGUAUCUAAAGGGAACCGCAGGCCAUGGAGUGUUGUUCAAAGCAAAUGGAAAUUUAAAUGUUGAGCUCUACACUGACAUCGACUGGGCAGGAGAUAAGGGAAAUCGAAGGUCAACAUCAGGGUACUUCUCCUUGGUUGGUGGAAACCUUGUUACCUGGAGGAGUAAGAAACAGAAGGUGGUCGCUCUGUCGAGUGCAGAAGCAGAGUUCAGAGGCAUAGCUCGAGGGUUAAGCGAAGUUCUUUGGAUCAGGAAACUUCUAGAAGACAUUGGUUUCUCCCAAAGGGCAACACCCAGUAAAAUUUGUUUUCUAAAAACCUAA